CCGGGUUGACGACAUCGGAAACAGUCGUGGCCUGCAGAGAAAGGCGGAUCCCUCUCUGCUACUUUGCCUUCCACAACUUCUUUUCAGACCAUUUUUUUUCUUCCCCCCCACCCGUUAUUUACCGACAGGUUCCCGGUUAACACGUCCAAACUGUUCAAACUGUUUUUGUCCGGUAUUAAAACAACAAAAUCCAGCCAGAGGAGCUCCGCGACCCGAGCCGAGAGUUUCCCCAGCUGAAGCUAACUUUUACCCGGGGAAGCAGCAGCAGCGGCGGCGGCGGCGGCGCCUUCACGGGAACAUGGAGGAUAAAGAUUUGAUGUGGGCUUUGAAGAACGGGGACUUGGAGGAGAUUAAAGCCAAAAUCACGGCUGAAGACGUAAACCGGACCCUAGAGGGUGGGAGGAAGCCCCUGCACUACGCUGCAGACUGUGGUCAUACAGAUGUGGUGGAGUUCCUCAUUUCUAAGGGAGCAGAUGUCAAUGCUUCAGACAAACACAACCUCACUCCACUGUUGACUGCCUGUUUUGAGAAUCACCUCUCCUGUGUCAAGGUCCUGCUAGAAAAGGGAGCUGACAAAGAACAAAGAGGACCAGACGGCUUGACCGCCUUCGAAGCAGCCGAGACCGACGCCAUGAAGGCUCUGCUCAAGUGAGGCACCACAGUGUGGGAGAUGGCUGGACAGGUGGGUGAACGGACAGACAGAUGGAUGCAGUGGACCCCAGACAGAAGAUGGACUCGCCCCUUUUAACCCGAUCAACCUCUGUCUUAGCACUGCUUUUGUCUGUUUGUUAGAGGGUCAUUUUGUCUGUCUGGUGAUUUUCCCUUUUCCUUUUUUUUUUGUUUUGUUUUUUUUUCCCUUAAGUUUUUGGGAUAGGAUUUUCUCUUCUUUUGGCCUCUUGUUUGUAGCCAUUUAACAGAAGAACUCGUCGGUUGUGUCUCCUUUCGGGUCCUAAAAACUUGGGGUCUUGGCGCUCUCACACUUGGAUCCUAGAACACUGCUCAGACUAGAAAUCACUAUAAUGUAAACGCAAAGCUUAGCACUUAAAUACACAUCCCUCUCUCUCUCUCUGUCUCAUUUGCAACUCUCUGUAAAACUGUAAAGAAACCAAACGGUAAUGGAUCAAUAAUCUGUUAACAUUUUUAACUUCAGUAUAAGUAUUUUAAGGCGAGGGCUUAAUCUCAUGAACAGUAAUUGCACUGUACUAUACUAGAUAGUUUGGAAAAGAGAGGUCAUAAAGUUUCCUAACCUUUUGAUUGUGUGUGGCCUCUUCCUCUACCUUGAUUUGUUUUUUUAAUAAACCAAACUGUCCCUCCAAUCUUUAAAUUUUGGAAAAACGUCAGUUGAGAGGUCCAGAGGUUUUUUUUUCUUUUCUUUUCUACUUGGCUCAUCAGUUACAUAUCAGAUGGUGUUUUUUGACAGAUUUUACGUUGGUAAUGCUUAAAAAGAUAUCAUGUUCUCUGACCAAUCACCAUGCUGGCUACUAGAAAGACUUGAAUGUUGCAAUUUAAAAAAAAAAAAGAAAAAAGAUCUGUUACUGAUUCCCUUUUUUUGAAGCUUUGUUAACAGCACAUAAUAGAAUAAGGAAUUUUAGAAACGUGUUCAUUUUUGUCAUCCCUGAAGUGAGAUUUCAGAGCAAAAACUCCCGUUUUGUUGCAGCUUCUCUGUGUAUUUUGUAAUUGAUGGGCUCCGGGGGGCUCUGGAUGAUGGCUUAAUUGGGGGUUAGAGUUGAAACGGGAUAGAUGGGGGCUCUUAGUAUUCCCCUUGCGUUGGAUUUGGUUAGAAGCCCUGCCUGUUUUGCUGCAUGUCAACAUUGCCUCUGCUUUUACGCUACGAAAUGGUUACUGGUCCUCUCUUGGUUGCUUUAAAAUGAAUUACUACAAUGUAAUGGACAAAAAAAAAAUGCUCUUGCUGACUUUGUUGUGACAAAAAGUCUGUAAAAACAGAAAUAAAAAUAUCUAUAAAAAAUC